GGUAUUUUGCGAUAGCCUUUUGCACCCUGUGCAAGUCUGUUAAAAAUUAACUCAAUGACAUUUAAAUUUUACGCGGCUAGUGGCUAAGCUAUAGGCAGGGAUGUCUCGUCUAUCGCACUUGUAGAUAUUAUCAUACACAUUCUCAAAUUUGCGGGCGCCGAUGAAACAAGUGGCGAAUAUAUAGAUGAAAUCCAACACCAUUAGAAGCUCGGAAAGACCAUUAGCCACCGCAUUUGACGGGGAAUGUCUGCGAGGUUAAAGUCGUUCUUUUACAGAAAUGCGCUCAUCGUGUAAUAUGUCUCUGGAAAACGCGUAUUAUGUCCCUGUGAAAUCAGUCAUACCCAGAUAUGCGGGCGAUAAGCAGAGUCAUUGAGCCCGAUAUUUGCAUGUUAAUAAAAAUCCGUAAAAGUCCGCCGCGCCGACAUCUGAGGUCACGCUCAGUUAGUAUCACGCGCGGACCGUGAGGCGGACUUCAGCGAACGAAGUACUUCUGUGCCUGCAGCGGCCGGUACAAUGCCAUCAUAACUUGUGAAAGUGAGCAUUACAUCUCAUGAGAGACAUGGUUCUUCCGAGUUCUGCCGUUUACAGAAUUGUUGUACUCAUUUUGUCCACCUGCAUUGCUUGCUCUCUGCCCUCAAACGGUGAUCCAAGCUGUUCGGCACUACAGUUUGCAUGCAGCAAUAGGUGUAUACCUUUAACAUGGCAAUGCGAUGGUGACAAAGACUGCACAGCAGGAGAGGAUGAGAAGGGUUGUUCUGUAAAUUGCCUCAGUACCCAGUUUAGAUGUGCUGAUGGAACUCGCUGUAUUCCCACAAGGUGGCAGUGUGAUGGUAGUGCAGAGUGUGACGAUGGCAGUGAUGAGUUGGACUGUAAAAAUCAUACUUGCGCUCCGCAUGACUUCAGCUGUGAAAAUGGAAAAAUCUGCAUUUCUAUGGAUUGGAGGUGUGAUAAGGAUGAUGACUGUGGUGAUAUGUCAGAUGAGACUGAUUGUGACCCAAGUCCACCAUGUCAGCCCAGUGAGUUUAGGUGUGACAAUGGCCUGUGCAUAGAUGACUCUUGGGUAUGUGAUGAACAAAAUGACUGCAGAGAUUGGAGCGAUGAGCUCAACUGUACGCAGAGUAAAUGUGAUGCUUCUACUGAGUUCAGAUGUUCAGAUGAGACGUGUAUUGACAUCAAUUGGAAAUGUGAUGGGGACGAUGACUGCCAGGAUGGUUUUGACGAACAGGAUUGUGGGCCUGUGACAUGUCCACCAAACCGGUGGCAAUGUGUAGGGACAUCUCGUUGCUUGAAUAUGACUCAAGUGUGCGAUGGAAAUGAUGAUUGUGGUGACAAUUCUGAUGAAGGCACACAUUGUUUAAAUCAGGAUUGUUUAAGGCAGAAAAAUUGCAGCCAGCUUUGUCAGCAAACGUCAAGUGGGGCUCGUUGUUUCUGUAGACCUGGUUAUGUCUUAGAUUCUGAUGGGAUUUCAUGUAGGGAUGUAAAUGAGUGUUCAACCCUUGGAAUAUGCGAUCACAAAUGCUUCAAUACUGAAGGAUCUUAUAAGUGCUCAUGUGUGGAGGGAUAUGUCUUUGAACCACCGCGCACCUGUCGACCGCCAGGAGGUGAGGAGCCAUGGUUAUUACUAGCAAACAGAAAAAGCAUACGCCAAGUCAGUUUGGAUGGAGUAAAGUAUAACUUCAUUUUCUCUAACUUGAGCCGAACUGUCGCCAUUGACUUUGAUGUUGGUGAAGGAAAGCUCUUCUGGACAGAUGUGACUGAAAAUGCCAUUUAUGGAACAAACAUUUUAUUUGGUAAAGAUGGUGGCCAACCAUUGAAAGUAGAAGCUGUUGUUAAAGAUGGACUAGCUGUACCAGAUGGUCUCGCUGUGGACUGGGUAGCAAAAAAUUUAUACUUUGUGGACAGCUCAGCAAAAAGGAUCUUUGUAUGCAAGCUUAAUGGAAGUCAUCUUGCAUCACUUAUCACAAAGGACCUUUCCAACCCAAGGGGCAUUGCUGUUGACCCAAGGGAUGGUUACUUGUUCUGGACAGACUGGGGUAAGCACAGAAUAGAGAGAACAGGGAUGGAUGGAUCUGCCCGCAAAACCAUUGCAGAGACAGGCAUCUACUGGCCUAAUGCCCUGACCUUAGAUUAUCCAACCCGUCAAAUUUAUUGGGCUGAUGCCCACUUUGACUACAUCGGAGCCAUGAAUUACGAUGGUGGAGCACGAAGGCGAGUUCUUGGUCAUCCGAGUGUUGUCCAUCCAUUUGCCAUCACCGUGUAUAGGAAUUUCCUAUACUUCUCUGACUGGACAAGGCAUGCGGUUAUCAAAGUGCAGAAGUUCACGGGCAAUGAGAGCAAAGUUCUGUUGCAGAAUCUUGGCCAGCCAAUGGAUGUGCACGUGUACCACAGUGCUAGGCAACCGCCCGCAUCCAAUCCCUGUAACGACAGCAAGUGUGGCUGCGCUCAGCUGUGUCUCAUCACACCUAUUCCAACAAGAGGCUGUGUGUGCAGCUGUAGGAUAGGCUAUCAACUGGCCGAGGAUAAGAAGUCUUGUAAUUUACAGAACACUUUCCUGAUUUAUGCACGUGGACCGGAAAUCGCAGGUAUACCUAAAGAGGUGAAUGUAUCAGGCGAUGCUAUUUCACCUCUGCUAGGGCUUGGAAAUGCUGUCGGAAUUGACUUUGAUGCCAAAGAGCGAAUGAUCUACUUUUCUGACAUUGUUCGAGACAACAUAAGCAGGAUAAGUCUUGCUGACAGAAAGGUUAAGGUGUUGGUGAAAUCAGUGAAAAAUGUUGAUGGCUUAGCAGUGGAUUGGAUUGGUCGAAACUUGUAUUGGACAGAUGCUGAUAGACAUGAAGUGGCGGUAGCAAGGUUAAAUGGAUCGUUCAAGAAGGUUUUAUUUGAUAAGGAUGUGGCACGACCCAGGGCCAUUGUCUUGCAUCCAACUGAGGGGAAGAUGUACUGGAGUGACUGGCAAGCCCCAGCUAAGAUAGAAGUGGCCAAUAUGGAUGGAACAGGACGGCAGAUUCUUGUUCAAGGGGGCGGUCUGACCUGGCCAAACGGCCUUAGCGUUGAUUACACGUCCGGCAAACUUUACUGGGCAGACGCUAGAUUAGACACCAUCGAGUGUGUUGAUCUUGACGGUUCCAACCGCAAAGUGGUACUGCAAAAUAUGACUCAUCCUUUUGGUCUUGAUGUUUACAAUGGAUUUAUCUACUGGACGGACUGGACUAGUAAAGAUAUUCGAAGGGCAAAGAUCAACGAUCCAUCGUCUGUUGUUGUAUUAAGGUCAGGUUUGGAAGGGCUGAUGGAAAUCCGAGUUUACGAUUUAGCGAAGCAAACAGGUAGCAGUCCUUAUAGCGUUGGCUCUGAUGGUUGUAGUCAUCUGUGUCUUUUGCGACCUGGUGGUUUCACUUGUGCCUGUCCGUAUGGUAUGGACUUUGAGUACGGAAGUAACAGAACGUGUGUUGUCAAUGUCUCUAUCUCACCAACACCUCAGUGCCCAUCUAACAAAUUUGCUUGUAAAAAUGGAGCUUGUAUUCCUAACAACUGGAGGUGUGAUGGUGAAAUGGACUGUUUAGAUCACUCUGAUGAGACAGGAUUUGCUGGCUGUGCUGGUGCAACGUGCAGUGAGAAGCAAUUCCGAUGUUUAAACAGCAGCAAGUGUAUACCUGAAAACUGGUAUUGCGAUGGAGAUAAUGACUGCGGUGCAGGAGAUCUAUCGGAUGAAUCUAACUGUACAUCCGCCACAUGCACUGAUGUGCAGUUCCGCUGUAACAAUGGCAAGUGCACUCCAAGCAGCUGGAGGUGUGAUGGGUUCAGUGACUGUAGCGAUGGUUCUGACGAGCUGCAAUGUGGUAAGUGUACUCGGAGAGUUGUUCAUAGGAUCCAUACCAAUCAUAAAACCCGGUUUGUUUCUGUUACAAAGUAUCUUAACCCUGCAGUCGACGAAAUGCUGGUUGUAGAAUAUCGUUUUUUGCGUUGCGUUCUAGUCAAUGUCUCUAUCUCACCAACACCUCAGUGCCCAUCUAACAAAUUUGCUUGUAAAAAUGGAGCUUGUAUUCCUAACAACUGGAGGUGUGAUGGUGAAAUGGACUGUUUAGAUCACUCUGAUGAGACAGGAUUUGCUGGCUGUGCUGGUGCAACGUGCAGUGAGAAGCAAUUCCGAUGUUUAAACAGCAGCAAGUGUAUACCUGAAAACUGGUAUUGCGAUGGAGAUAAUGACUGCGGUGCAGGAGAUCUAUCGGAUGAAUCUAACUGUACAUCCGCCACAUGCACUGAUGUGCAGUUCCGCUGUAACAAUGGCAAGUGCACUCCAAGCAGCUGGAGGUGUGAUGGGUUCAGUGACUGUAGCGAUGGUUCUGACGAGCUGCAAUGUGGUAAGUGUACUCGGAGAUUGACAGCUACCUCUGUACGUGGUUGUGGUGCCGACAAGUUCUCUUGCAACAACACACGAUGCAUCCCGGAACGAUUUGUCUGCGAUCUUGAUGAUGAUUGCGGUGACGGUUCGGACGAACAUGCAAAUUGCACACGACCAACUUGCCGCCCCACCGAGUUUACCUGCGACAACCAACGCUGUGUUCUGACGGAGUGGAAAUGUGAUGGCGAUAAUGACUGUGGUGAUCUGAGCGAUGAGCGAAAUUGCUCGGUAGUUACUUUGACAUGCAGCCCCACUCAGCGGCAAUGCUUCAAUUCCUCUGUGUGUGUGGAGGACAGUAGAUUCUGCGAUGGACACACAGACUGCCCUGAUGGUAGCGACGAGGGAGUUGGAUGUCUACUGGGUGGCUGUGAGCAGAAUAAUGGAGGCUGCUCUCAGGUCUGCAACGAUAUCCCAGAAGGUGUGCUAUGUUCAUGUUUCGAGGGGUUUCAUUUAGCGGAUGACAACAAGACGUGCCGUGAUAUUAAUGAGUGUAAGGACCCCAGCUCAUGCAGCCAGCAUUGUUUCAAUAACAGAGGAUCGUUCUGGUGUAAGUGCGUUGAGGGCUACAAACUGGAAUCUGACAUGAAGCGAUGCAAAGCUGCAGGUAAGCGGUUGACAGCUACCUCUGUACGUGGUUGUGGUGCCGACAAGUUCUCUUGCAACAACACACGAUGCAUCCCGGAACGAUUUGUCUGCGAUCUUGAUGAUGAUUGCGGUGACGGUUCGGACGAGCAUGCAAAUUGCACACGACCAACUUGCCGCCCCACCGAGUUUACCUGCGACAACCAACGCUGUGUUCUGACGGAGUGGAAAUGUGAUGGCGAUAAUGACUGUGGUGAUCUGAGCGAUGAGCGAAAUUGCUCGGUAGUUACUUUGACAUGCAGCCCCACUCAGCGGCAAUGCUUCAAUUCCUCUGUGUGUGUGGAGGACAGUAGAUUCUGCGAUGGACACACAGACUGCCCUGAUGGUAGCGACGAGGGAGUUGGAUGUCUACUGGGUGGCUGUGAGCAGAAUAAUGGAGGCUGCUCUCAGGUCUGCAACGAUAUCCCAGAAGGUGUGCUAUGUUCAUGUUUCGAGGGGUUUCAUUUAGCGGAUGACAACAAGACGUGCCGUGAUAUUAAUGAGUGUAAGGACCCCAGCUCAUGCAGCCAGCAUUGUUUCAAUAACAGAGGAUCGUUCUGGUGUAAGUGCGUUGAGGGCUACAAACUGGAAUCUGACAUGAAGCGAUGCAAAGCUGCAGACGCAAUUGCACCGUACCUUUAUUUCUCGACUCGACGUGAAAUAAGGAAGAUCAACCUUCGGCAAGGAUCAAACUAUACCACAGUGCUAGACGGCUUAUCAAACACCAUUGGGAUAGAUUUCGACUGGUCGGAACAACGACUGUACUAUUCUGAUGUCAACAGUGAUAAAAUCGUGCGAUGUUUCUUAAAUGGCAGUAAAUGUGAGGAUGUUAUAACAACAGGGCUUUUGACGUCGGAAGGACUUGCUGUUGAUUGGAUUGGUCGACAUUUGUACUGGACAGACACAGAAACCCAACAAAUUGAGGUGUCUACCUUAGAUGGUAAAUGGCGCAUGGCUUUGUUUUCGGAUGACCUCAAAUCUCCCCGUGGGAUUGCUGUUGACCCCAGGGAUGGGCUUCUUUUCUGGUCAGACUGGGGCUCGUCAAAGCCCCGGAUUGAGAGAGCCAACAUGGAUGGUAGUUCUCGACAAGUGAUUGUCAACACUACAAUUGAGUGGCCUAACGGAAUCACACUUGAUUUCGCCAACAGACGACUGUACUGGAUCGAUGCAAAGUUGGAUUACAUUGGCUUUUGUAACUACAAUGGUUCUCAACGUUACAACGUGCUCAGAGAUGCUANACACAUUCCCCAUCUUCAGCUUCUUUUCUGGUCAGACUGGGGCUCGUCAAAGCCCCGGAUUGAGAGAGCCAACAUGGAUGGUAGUUCUCGACAAGUGAUUGUCAACACUACAAUUGAGUGGCCUAACGGAAUCACACUUGAUUUCGCCAACAGACGACUGUACUGGAUCGAUGCAAAGUUGGAUUACAUUGGCUUCUGUAACUACAAUGGCUCUCAACGUUAUAACGUGCUCAGAGAUGCUAGAAAAAUACGCCAACCGUUUUCCAUUGCGCUGUUUGAGGACACAGUGUUCUGGUCAGACUGGGAAAGAAAACAAGUGAAGCGCGGAAACAAGUUCCAUGGUGGUGACGCCGCCUUGAUUCAUGCGGCAGGGUUUAAACCGAUGGACUUGCAUGUUGUCCAUCCCGUUCAGCAGCCACAAGGUGUCAACUACUGCCUUAACAGUUCCUGCUCUCACUUGUGUCUUCUCAAACCUCAAGGAUACAGUUGUAACUGCCCUGUGGGCAUGGUACUGCAGGAUGACAGCAUCACUUGUCUAGAAAGUGAAGUAAUCCUUCUAUAUGCCAGGAAGGCAAUAGUAACAGGGAUAUCUUUAAAUCCAAGCGUCACCAAAGAUCAGAUCAUUCCUGUGCGGCAACUAGAGACAGCAGUUGGGGUUGAUGUUAGUGUAGAGGAUAAAUACUUCUUCUGGAGUGACAUCAAAGCAGAUUCCAUCUCCAGGGUAUUUUUCAAUGGUUCCGGUCGUGAAACAGUUGUUGCCGAUGACUUGGCUCGACCGGAAGGUAUAACAUACGACUGGACAGCAAAGAAUAUUUACUGGACAGACACAGGGAAGAAGGUUAUUGGAGUUGCUCGCUCUGAUGGUAGUUAUCAGAAGGUUUUGAUUUCCUCCGAUGUGGCUAAACCCAGAGGAAUUAUUGUUCAUCCCAUGAUGGGGUUGCUGUUUUGGACUGACUGGGAAGACAAUAACGCCAGAAUUGAACGCGCCUUCACGGACGGUUCAGACAGGACCCGCCUCAAGACAACCAAUCUUAAAUUCCCCAAUGGACUUGCCAUCGAUUUCAACACCAACAAACUGUAUUGGUGCGAUGCAGGGACUCAUGUGAUUGGUUGGAUGAACUUUGACGGGACGUCAGCGCAGGUUCUCUAUCGAUCUCUGUCGCAUCCGUUUGGAUUGGAUGUCCAUCAUGAAAAGCUCUACUGGACCGACUGGAGGAAGACUAGCGUCUUUCAGGGCUCCACGUAUGGUGGAAGGAAAACUGUGCUAAAGAAGGAGACGGAAUACCUGUAUGGUGUGCGUAUAUACACUAAAGAAAACCAAGCAGGCACCAGUGGUUGUACUGUGAACAAUGGCAAUUGUACCCAGCUGUGUCUGCCGUUAGGAUCAAACUCAGUCCGUUGCGCUUGUGCUAUGGGAUUUGCGUUGGCUUCUGAUGCCAAAACCUGCCAGAGUGUGGAUACUUUUUUGAUCUACUCAACGGCUACAGAAAUCCAUGGCAUCUCCUUGGGCCCAAGCAGCAAGAAGGAAGUAAUGCAGCCGUUAAGUGUCGCGCGUAACUGUUUUGCGGUAGACUUCUACUUCAACUCCAGUUUACUCUUCUACGCGGACGAUCGCGCAAACGAGAUUGGUCAGGUAUCACGAGUUGGAACUGCAAAGAAAAGUAUCAUAAAUUCUGGGCUCCGCAGGCCUCAAGGACUUGCCGUUGAUUGGGUGGCUGGAAACCUGUUUUGGACGGAUUCUGGUAAUGAUGUCAUUGAGGUUAGUAGAUUAGAUGGCAGAUACAGAACAGUGGUAAUCUCCACUGACUUGGGUGACCCCAGAGGAAUAGCAGUGUACCCGGCAAAAGGGCUCAUGUUCUGGACAGAUCAUGGUCGCAGGGGCAAAGUGGAGCGUUCCUCAAUGGACGGUACAGGCCGGCAGUCUUUGGUACAAAGAGGGACCAUUAAGAGCCCAAUAGGAAUUACCUUGGAUUACCAGGAAGAUAAGGUUUACUGGGUUGAUGAGUCUCUCGAUGUCAUCUGGAAAAUGGAUCUUGAUGGUGGGAAUUUAGAACGAGUUGUCAGCUCAUCGUUGGACCAUCCUUACGGCAUAACCCUGCUUGACCGGUUUGUGUACUGGACUGACUCAGGUAACAAGUCCGUCUUCAGAGCAGAGAAACAGAACGGCACAAAUAUUACAGUCAUUACGACAGGGGGAGACGUGUUAAGAGAUGUACGUGUAUUCUCACCACAACGCCAGCCACCGGGCGGUCCUUGUGUCAACAAUGGAGGCUGCGAAGAGUUAUGCUUAGCAGUGUCGUCAUCUCAGAGAAGAUGUGUCUGUGUGUCUGGCCUCGUAGCAUCUGACGGUAUGUCCUGCUUGAAUGACAGCAGUUUCCUUGUCGUCAGUGGAAAGAAAAAAAUCGGAUUUUCAGCCAUCAGUCCACUCCGCCGACCGCCAGAGUUCUCAACUAUAACUCGAAGACGGAGCUCUGUGGUUGAUCUUGACGUCGACUACGACUCCAAACUGAUCUACUUUGCUGAUGCAAAAAAAGAUAUCAAAUCAGUUUUUCUUAAUGGCACUGGCAUGAAAGUGGUUGUUAAUGACGUGGAAGCCACCAGUAUCGCCCUGGACUGGAUAAAUGGAGUACUUUAUUGGGCGGAUGGAAAGAAAAAGAUCAUUGGCAAGGCAAAUGUUAAUGGCUCUAGUUCGCAGAUGGUGAUAGAUAACGUGGAAGUCAGCCCAACGUCUUUGGUAGUCCUACCUUGUCAAAGGCUUCUAGUGUGGAGACACGAGCAGGUUCUGUUGUCCAGCAUAAAAACAGCUAACACAGAUGGUACUGAUGUGAAGACUCUUCCCGACUCUGUGUGCGCCUUGGGAUCUUCCCUCACGUUUGAUUACUCACAAAACCGACUGUUCUGGGUGAAUUCGUUUACUCAGUAUGUGGAGAGCAUUUUCCUGAAUGGAACUGGUAAACGCAUUGUCAACACUCUGCCACCCGCCACCUUCAUGGGUGUCCUCGGAGGAUUCUUGUAUUGGGUCGAUGGCGAGGGAACUAUUGUGCGAGCGGACAAAUUUACCGGCGGAGAUGUCGUGGUGUUGGCCACACUGAAUUAUCAACCGACUCGUCUGCAAGUGUUUGCCAAAGAACGACAGAACUGUACUAUAAGCCCUUGUUUAAAUGGUGGAGGCUGCUCUCAUCUUUGCAAGGUUCAAGCGGGAAAGCGUAUCUGCUCUUGCCCGGCUGGAUUGAAAUUAAAGGACGGGUUUCAGUGUGUGAACGAAUCUGCAGCCCACUGCAGCGGCCGACUGUUUGGUUGUUCAAACGGCAAGUGUGUGCUGGAUUCGCAAGUGUGUAAUAAAGAAGAUGACUGCGGUGACAGGUCCGACGAGUUUACUGCAGUUUGCGCUCAGAGGAAAUGCAGAACAAAUGAAUUUAAGUGUGCAAGUGGACAGUGCAUUCUUCGAAGCUGGAAAUGUGACUUCGAGCGCGACUGUACUGAUGGUAGCGACGAAAAAAACUGUCCUGUAAAGGAAUGCGCUUCGCACAGAUUCACUUGCGCCAACGGCCACUGCAUAAAUAUCGAGUGGAAAUGCGAUGGCGACGAUGACUGCGGAGAUUUUUCGGACGAGACCGAUUGUCCCCCUGUGGCAUGCCCACCAGGCAAGGCCAAGUGUGGUGAUACCAACGUCUGUAUCGACUCGUCGUGGUUAUGCGAUCGAGACUACGAUUGUGAGAACGGGUGGGACGAGAGCGAAGAGGUGUGUAACAAUAAGACCUGCGAAGCUAACAGCUUUCGCUGUACAUCAGGGCAUUGUAUUUCCAUGCGGUGGCACUGCGAUGGAGAGGAUGACUGUGGAGACGGCAGUGAUGAGGGGGCCUGUGGAGCGGAGAACCAUACCUGCCUUAGUCAGCAGUUUUCAUGUCGCAAUGGUCGUUGCAUUACCACGAAGUUUGUCUGUGAUGGAGACGAUGACUGCGGCGAUGGCUCGGACGAGGCAACAGCCGACCACGCUUGCAACCAUCGCACAUGUGAUCCGACAGAGUUCAAGUGUGAGAACACCUCCAGAUGUAUCGCGAUGUCUUAUGUUUGUGAUGGAGAUAAUGACUGCGGAGACGCUUCCGAUGAGCAACCUAAGGAGGGCUGCGUGUUCCGCACUUGUAAACCAACACAGUUCAGAUGUGAAAAUGGUCUUUGCGUGCAGAGGGCCUGGUUGUGUGAUGGCGAAAAUGAUUGUGGCGACAACUCGGACGAAACACAAUGUGACGACCACACAUGCAGCGAAAACCAGUUCACUUGUAAAAACGGUUACUGUGUGUCUAGUCACUAUGUUUGUGAUGGAGAUCGGGAUUGCUCGGACAACUCUGAUGAAGACCCGGUACUGUGCUCGACAACUGUAGCUCCCUCGUGUCCCGCGGGAUCGUUUAGCUGCGGGAACGGGACUUGCCUUCCAAGGAGUAAAGUCUGUGAUGGACACGACGAUUGCGUCAAUGGAGCUGAUGAAUGGCGGUGUAAAAAAGACGCCUGCCAUCGGCCCGAAGGUAACAGAUGCUCACAGAUCUGUAACAGUACGUCAACGGGCUACACUUGUUCUUGUCGCGCCGGUUUUAAGCUGCAACCCGACGGGUCAUCCUGCGAGGAUAUAAACGAGUGUGAAAAGUUCGAGCUUAACAAGUGUAACCACUUCUGCGUCAAUCUGAAAGGCCACUACAAGUGUACGUGUGCCAAGGGGUACGAGCUGCACGGUUUGACAACGUGCAAACGUGUUGAUCCCACGGUGAAACCGUUCCUGGCGUUUUUACUCCGGUACGAGAUUCGCAAACUCGCCGUGGACGGUUCCUGGGAGAGCGACAUCUUACGCAAAGUUCAAAACGCGGUAGCCAUCGAUUUUGAUUGGUCGGAACAGCGCGUGUAUUGGACGGAAGGACGCGCGCCGCCGCGUUUAAAACGUGCGUUUUUCAAUGGCACGAGCACAGAGGUUAUCCUGGAGGCUGGGUUGUCCAACGUAGAGGGUCUCGCGGUGGACUGGGUCGGGAGAAACGUGUACCUCGUGGAUAGGAUUCAGGACAAGAUAUUUGUUGCGACACUUGAAGGACGUUACAUGAAGACGCUAAUAUCAGAAGGGUUGCAGGAGCCCAGGGCAGUGGUGGUUGAUCCCACUGAUGGCCACUUGUAUUACAGUGACUGGGGAAACAAGCCUCAUAUCGGCAAAUGCGGUUUGGACGGCUCCGGAAGACGGUGGUUUAUACACAGCAAAUCCAUCGGCUGGCCUAACGGCUUGUCUCUGUGCCACAUCACCAAGAGGUUAUUCUGGGUGGACGCCAAGUUGGAUGUCAUCGAGUCGUGCGAUCGCGAUGGCGGGAACCGCGUUCAGCUUAACAAGCUUUACGCACCCCACCCGUUUUCUAUCAGCGUGUUCGAGGACUUUGUGUAUUGGACAGAUUGGAUGACGAUGGCGAUUCACCGAGCGCAUAGGCUGACGGGACUGCAGCACUCUGUUUUGUUGAAUUCAUCUCACAGGCUUAUGGGAUUACAGAUAAUUCAUCCUCUUCGGCAGCCUGCCCUCCCCUCCCCUUGUGCAAACUCCCCCUGUACCGGCCUGUGUUUGCUCAGGCCCGGAGGGGGUUACCGUUGUGCCUGCCCAGACAACUUUCACUUGGCAAAUGACGGGAAAACAUGCUUGGACAACUGCACCAACAGUGACUUUAUCUGCGACAACAAUCUGUGCAUUCCUCGUGUGUGGCGUUGUGAUGGAGAUGAUGACUGUGGAGAUGGUUCUGAUGAGCCACCCUCCUGCCCACCAAGACACUGCUCCCCAGGGAUGUUUCAGUGCGACAACACGACGUGUGUAUCGGUCAUCUCGAUAUGCAAUGGAAAGAAUGACUGCCCGAACGGUGCCGACGAGGAGUCGUGCAAAGUGAGACAGUGCGCGCCGUUUCAGUUUCGGUGUGCGAACCACAAAUGCGUUUUUCUACCACAAGUGUGUGACGGAACCAACGACUGUGGAGAUAAUUCCGACGAGAGGCACUGUAAAUUCACCACUUGCUCCAGCGAUCAUCAUACCUGUCCGGUCAGUGGUCGCUGCAUUUCUCGCCAGUGGCUUUGUGACGGCGACAAUGAUUGUGGAGAUGAGAGCGACGAAUCACCAGAGAUCUGCCGCAAUCACACCUGUGAUGUUAACACACGGUUUCAGUGUAAUGGGUCACGCAAGUGUAUUCCUAAGCUGUGGAAGUGUGACGGGGAACCGGAUUGUGACGACGGAUCAGACGAAUCCGUGGAUGUUUGCAAAGGCCUCCAUUGCGAUGCUGGUACAUUUCAGUGUCACGAUAAACGAUGCAUUCCAGUCGACUGGCGGUGCGAUCAUGAACAAGACUGUAGCGAUGGCUCUGACGAACAAGGCUGCCUGCCUCGCACGUGUUCCAGUGCAGAAUUCAGGUGUGGCUCUGGCCGUUGUAUCAGCCGUAGCUGGGUGUGUGAUGGUGACAGUGACUGCGAGGAUGCCUCCGACGAGCGUGACUGUCUAGAUCUGUCGUGCAAAGCAGACCAGUUCCGUUGCAACAAUGGCGACUGUAUUCUGAACGAAUGGAAGUGUGAUGGUCGAAGAGAUUGUGAUGACGCAUCGGACGAACAAGGUAAUAGUAGUGACGUCUUAAAAGAUCGACUUUAUAACAAACUGAUUCAUUUUUGUUAUUUUUUUCCAGCGGCCCACAGCUGUCUUCACACACAGUUUCGUUGUGGAGACAACGUGUGCAUCCCCAAAUGGCAAGUGUGUGACGGUGUUCCUCAGUGUCACGACAAGUCUGAUGAAUUGACCUGCGCAGUUAUCACCAACGGAUGUAACGCCACUCAGUUCAAGUGCGCCAACCGGAAGUGUAUAGCUAACGCAUUUGUGUGUGACAGUAAGGAUGAUUGCGGAGAUGCUUCAGAUGAGAAGUACUGUGGUGGAAGACACAAAUCUUGUGAUGUCGCAAAUGGAGGCUGUGAACAGAACUGUACCGUGGUCGACGGAGGUGUGGUGUGUUUCUGCUGGCGCGGUUUUCGACUGUCCAUGGACACUCGGAAGUGUCUGGACAUAGAUGAGUGUCAGAUAUUCGGUGUGUGCAGCCAGCAGUGUGUGAACAGCCGAGGAAGCUACAAGUGUCUGUGUGACCAAGGCUAUGUCAGUGAUGGUGUGCAUGGAAGGGACUGCAAGGCAGAAGGUACGUUUGUGGCAAUGCAAAAAAGCGACUUUAACAUUUUCAUUUCCUUGGGCAUGUGCCCACAGUAUCCAAUCUGUGUCAAAGUAUAUAGUUUGACUAUUGUAUCAAUUUUCAGGCGGAUGUACUGGACCGAAAUAGGUUACCAGCCAACCAUUAAAACAGCCCUCAUGGAAGGAACAAAGCGCAGUAUUCUGGUACAAGACAAGCUCAAAUGGCCAGUUGGCUUAGCACUUGAUGCUCCAGCAAAGAGACUCUACUGGUGUGACUCAAAACUAAAGCGUGUAGAGUCAAUAAGUCUUGAUGCGCGUGACAGACACGUUAUCUGGCAGUUUGUCAACAGUGACUUACCCACCACGAUUGCGUUACACGAGAAUUUCUUGUACGUCACAGUGCAAUCCGGCAAGCUGUACAGGUUAAACAAGUUUGGCCAAGGUCCACUGACCGUGUUGGCGCACGGGCUCAGGCGUCCGGUUGGAUUGGCAGUGUAUCAACAACAGCAGCAAUAUGUACCCAGUGAUGCCGUAAACAACUGUGCAAUUGGCAAGAACAAGUGCUCACAUUUGUGCCUGUCGAAUCCUGAGAAACCUGUGUGCGUGUGUCCCACAGGGGACCCAGGCAAAUCUGGAAACUGUCAGACGCGUAAGUCUUGUAGUUACUUAUAGUUAUUUGUACCUUAACUCCACCUCUUCCUACCUACCCUACCCCCUUCCAUCCUUCAACUUCCUGUCGUCAAAUUAACC